AUGGCGAGAAGAAGGAAAAUGCAGAAGAAGCUACAUAUCAGACACCAACACAAUAGAAUGCAAGAAAAGUCUAUAUCCAAUAUUGUAACGGUUGUUGUUACAACCGUUAGAAAUGCCUAUAUUGAUGGUUCAAUAGGCUAUAUAAGCAUAUGGUCCCCCACUGCUCAGGUUACUACCUUUUACCCCAUCUAUACAAAAGUUCUGAGAGCAAGUGGGAGACACUACUAUACAGAAACUCUGCAGGAAUUCUACCACACAACUACAAGCAUCUACAGCAGAUUCACAAGCAACAACUAUGGCUGGAGCCGCAGCAUUCCAUUCAUCCAUUGGAACAAAAUACCUCCAUUUUCCUCCAGCCGCAACACAUCUCCGCCGAAGACUAUCGCCGCCGCCGUCGUCGACCAGCUGUCGCUUUCGUCCCAGCGUCGCUGUCGGCCUAGCAGGCAGCAGCCAUUGCUGAAUCCACUGCAAUCGAUCAAUCCAGCCGUCGCCCCCCGUCGCAAUCGCACUCGCCCGCGCCGUCGUCGACCAGCCGCCGCCUUCGUCCUAGCAUCGCCGUUGAAGUUCUCUAUACCGCCACCCUUGACACCGGUUCUUCCCUCUCCCCUCUGCCGCUCUGCGCUCUGCCUCCUCCAGUCCGCCUCCGCCUCUACAGUCCGCUUUCGCCACCGUCUCCGCCUCUACAGACGCGGUCUCGCCCGUCGCCCAUCGCCGAACCUCCAGCCCUCCAGAGUCCUGUCUCGCCCUCUUGUUCUGGGCUUGAGGAGAAAUAGUUUGUGAAAGCAACGCAUGCUGAUCAAGACUCGGGAUUGGAUCCUAUUUUAACCGAUUUGGUAUAGAUGUUGGUAUACAAUCCAGGUUGAGUGUGAUAAUUUUUUUUAUACAUGUUGACUUCUGUGUAUGCACACACUUAUGUAGUCUACAUGUUUUAACAUACAGCAAGCUUGAUAUAACAAUAGAUAUUACUUUUUAUAAGCUUCUGAAAUUCAAGACUGUAGUGAUGGCUAUGUGCAUGUUCAAAGGAAAAAGGCUCAGUAAUAGUUUUCAAUGACAACCAAUUUAACUUCUACUAAGGCUUGUGAAAUUGAUUGAACCUUGCUGCUUGUUGUGCGUUUCCUCAGAGUCCAGGUUCCAAAAUUUCAAGACUAUUCAUAGCCUCCCAGAAUAUAGUCAGGACUGUCAACUGUGGCCAGAGCUGGGAUAUCUGUAGCAGCAAUAGUAGGAGUAUUUUUAUUGGCAUUGCAAAUCUGUAAUUUCAUUGAUUAUUUUUUUAGUUUGAGUGAACUGCUGUAAUUUUUUGGAAUUGUAAUUUCAUAGUGUUUGUAUGAGAGUUGCAGUGUGCAAAGAGUAA